AGCCUCUCUCCUGUUCUUUCUUACCUACUCUCCACGCCAUUCCUCACUCCCUCACCCUCAGAAACCUGCGCACCUUUGUUCCUCGUUGCCUGGAAAAGCACUCCCCCUCCCCUUCCCUAGACCGCAUAGAGGUGAGGUUUCAGCACCCGCUUUUGGUUGUUACUGCAAAGUAAAUGCGCGGAUGUGGUUCUCUCGUGAUGCAGCGACCUCGCGGACAGGCGGGCUUUACCUCCACCCGCUGCUUCUGCGCUGCCCCUGCGGUCGCUCUACGCGUUAGGCUACCCCCCUCUCGGCGCUUCUCACCGCUGCCAAGACGCCGAGGUGCCAUGACGUAUGGAAGUACCUUACACGCCUUCCCUCACCUGACCUCCGCGGUGCGCUUCGCCUCGGAGUGUGCCGUGCCGAGCGGGGUCUUCGUCCGCUUCCAGCCAACCCCCAACGACGCGUGCUACAAGUUUUAUGUGGACGGGAUGACCUUCUUGCCUCCCGGCACACAUACCGUGAUGUUUGAUAGUACAAACAGCUAUCAGUCACCUCUGGCCCGGACGUUGCUGGAUGCCCUGCCCAUGGUCCAGGAGGUCACGGUCGGGACAAGCUUUGUGACGGUGCGGCGUGUCGAGGAGUCCGACGCGAGGGCUGCGGCACGCCUUUUUGUCAUAAAGUGGAACAACGAGCAGAGUGAGCAAGGGGUGGAGGAGGCGGCAGCGGCAGCACACUCGCAGGCAUUACAGCAGCAUGUCAAUGACGUGCGCGACGAGACAGAAGAUGAGGCACGUCGUGCGGCAGCUGAACCGCUUCAUGGAAAUCGUUCGUUUCACGCAAGUCUAGACAGCGCCUCUUCUGCUUCCGCGCCAUCCGGCGCUGCGGCGGAGGCGCCCAUCGAGCUGGGCGGCUUCACCGUCUCCCCCUCCACACAGGAUGAGCAAAUCGACGAGUCCGCAAUCGAGGCGCUUAUCGCCGCGACAGACUGGUCGGAUUUGAAGUUCCACGUCAGCGCUCUGUUAACGGACCACAUCAGCAGCGGCAGCCCGCACGUCGACCCGAGUGCACCGAACCCGCAUGCCGACACCGUCCCCGAGGAGGGUGACGCGGAGGUGGUGCUGAUGAUUAAGGAGCUCGUGGCGACGACGAUCCGCCCUCAACUGCAGGACGACGGCGGUGAUUUGCGCUUUAUCGGCUUCGACGCCGACAGCGGGGAGAUGCGGGUGGAGCUGCUGGGCGCCUGUCGCACGUGCAAGAGCAGCAAAACAACCCUGGUGGACUUGAUCGAGCGCACGACACGGCACUGGAUCCCCGAGGUGAAGGCGGUGAAGGAUGUGUCUCGCGUGGUUUCGUUCAAUCAACGUUACGCGGAGGAGGCCAUGGCGGAGGUGGAGAGCAGUCGUUCCGUGGCAGACCUACUACAGGACAUGGAGGUGCAGGAGAGUGGGGGCAACGAAUUCGGCGAGAAGGCGUCGCGGACUGUGCAGUUCACCCCGUCCCCUGCAAAAGGCUCCUCGAAUGCGGGCUACCGAGUUGUGCGCGAAGUCAAGGCUUCCGCACCUGCUGCGGACGACGGUAAGAGCGCAGUCGUCAAUGCAGAGGCUUCUUCUUCCUGA